AGGGCCGCUCUGGGCCGCGGCGGCCGCUCGACUGCUCCGAGGCGCGGUCCCGACGCGCCCCGCCCCCGCCCGCGUUCCCCGGGCAACCCGCGGCCGCCGCCAUGGACGCGCUGUCGGGCGCCGGGCCACGGCGGGCUCGCAGCCUGGGCGCCGCCGGGCCUGGGUCUUCGUGCCGCGCGGCGCGGCCCCCGGCGCCCUGGGCGCGCUUCUCCGCCUGGCUGGAGUGCGUGUGCGUGGUCACCUUCGACCUGGAGCUGGGCCAGGCGCUGGAGCUGGUGUACCCAAACGACUUCCGGCUCACAGACAAGGAGAAAAGCAGCAUCUGCUACCUGUCCUUUCCCGACUCACACUCAGGCUGCCUUGGAGACACUCAGUUCAGCUUCCGCAUGCGCCAGUGUGGAGGGCAGAGGAGCCCCUGGCAUGCCAACGACAGGCACUACCACAGCAGGGCCCCCGUGGCGCUGCAGAGGGAGCCAGCACACUACUUUGGCUAUGUGUACUUCAGACAGGUGAAGGACAGCUCUGUGAAGAGGGGCUACUUCCAGAAGUCUUUGGUGCUGGUGUCCCGCCUACCCUUUGUCCGGCUGUUCCAGGCGCUGCUAAGCCUGAUUGCCCCCGAGUACUUUGACAAGCUGGCACCCUGCCUGGAAGCAGUGUGCAGUGAGAUCGACCAGUGGCCGGUGCCCAUGCCGGGGCAGACCCUGAACCUACCUGUCAUGGGUGUUGUCGUCCAGGUGCACAUCCCAUCCAGGGUGGACAAGUCCGAGUCCAGUCCUCCGAAGCAGUGUGACCAAGAGAACCUGCUGCCAGCCCCAAUGGUUCUUGCUAGCGUCCACGAGCUGGACCUGUUCAGGUGCUUCCGGCCUGUGCUGACUCACGUGCAGACCCUGUGGGAGCUCAUGCUCCUUGGGGAGCCCCUGCUAGUCCUGGCACCCUCGCCCGACGUGUCCUCGGAGAUGGUGCUGGCCCUGACCAGCUGCCUGCAGCCCCUGAGGUUCUGCUGCGACUUCCGCCCUUACUUCACCAUCCAUGACAGUGAGUUCAAGGAGUUUACCACACGCACGCAGGCCCCACCGAACGUGGUCCUGGGAGUUACAAACCCUUUCUUUAUCAAAACACUCCAGCACUGGCCCCAUAUCCUCCGAGUCGGGGAGCCCAAGAUGUCAGGAGACCUGCCUAAGCAAGUCAAGCUGAAAAAGCCUUCAAGGUUGAAGACCCUGGACACCAAGCCAGGCCUCUACACCGCUUACACAGCCUACCUCCACCGCGACAAGGCGCUGCUCAAACGGCUGCUCAAGGGCGUGCAGAAGAAGCGGCCCUCAGAUGUGCAGAGCGCCCUGCUGCGGCGGCACCUCCUGGAGCUCACACAGAGCUUCAUCAUCCCCUUGGAGCACUACAUGGCCAGCCUCAUGCCCCUGCAGAAGAGCAUCACGCCCUGGAAGACUCCCCCCCAGAUCCACCCCUUCAGCCAGGAUGACUUCCUGCGGAGCCUGGAGCAUGCCGGGCCCCAGCUCACCUGCAUCCUCAAGGGCGACUGGCUGGGUCUCUACAGGCGGUUUUUCAAGUCCCCCCAUUUCGAUGGCUGGUACCGGCAGCGGCACAAGGAGAUGGCCCUGAAGCUGGAGGCCCUGCACCUUGAGGCUAUUUGUGAGGCGAACAUUGAGACCUGGAUGAAAGACAAGUCUGAGGUGGAGGUCGUGGACCUGGUCCUGAAACUUCGCGAGAAGCUGGUGCGGGCUCAGGGCCACCAGCUCCCUGUGAAGGAGGCAACGCUGCAGCGGGCCCAGCUGUACAUCGAGACGGUCAUCGGCUCCCUGCCCAAGGACCUGCAGGCCGUCCUGUGCCCUCCCUAGGACAGAGCCAAGGGCCGUGGUCCCAGGAGCCUAGGUCUGCCUGAGCCUCCCUCUCCCCAGUGGCCACGGCACUGGGCCAAGCACGCGCUCCCCUUCCUUGGCCCCCCGCCCAGACUGCAGGCUCCCCUUCCUGCACCACCAUUGUCUCAGCAGUAAAGGCGACAUUUGGAACCACA